UUUUACCUUUGUGUGUUCGCGUCUUUUUUACUGUCUGAAAAAAACACUCUACAUCACAGUUCCAUUCCUCAAGGCAAGACAGAUUGUCUACUGAGAUUGGAAGUCAUCAUUAGGUUUAAUGGACGAUCCAAAUAGGCAUAUGCAUCCUGUGCCAGGUGGACAGGUAGGGCUGAUGCAUCAGCCACCCUAUGGGUUGCCUCCAGUUAACGUUGGAGUCAAUGUAGGAGUUAAUAUGUCAUCACUCGAUGGAGGAAAUCCUGAUUCUGAAAAUAUGACUGGCCGGAAGCAGGACAUUGGAGAAAUUCUGCAGCAAAUUAUGAACAUCACUGACCAGAGCCUUGAUGAAGCCCAAGCUCGCAAGCAUACUCUGAACUGUCAUCGCAUGAAGCCUGCAUUAUUUUCUGUGCUCUGUGAAAUCAAAGAGAAAACAGUUCUGUCGCUCCGCAACACCCAGGAGGAGGAGCCCCCAGAUCCGCAACUCAUGCGCUUGGACAACAUGUUGAUUGCCGAAGGAGUUGCUGGUCCAGAGAAAGGAGGUGGAGCUGGUGCCGCUGCAAACGCUUCAGCUGCGGCCUCUCAAAGCGGUUCCAUGUCGGAUUCGGCCAUUGAGCACUCUGAUUACAGAGCCAAGUUGGCUCAGAUUCGUCAAAUCUAUCAUCAAGAGCUGGAGAAAUACGAGCAGGCUUGCAGUGAAUUUACCACUCACGUUAUGAAUUUACUUCGAGAACAAUCCCGUACUCGUCCGAUUACACCCAAGGAAAUAGAACGGAUGGUCCAAAUCAUUCACCGCAAGUUUAGCUCGAUCCAAAUGCAGCUCAAACAAAGCACUUGCGAGGCUGUAAUGAUUUUGAGAUCCCGAUUCUUGGACGCAAGGAGGAAGCGACGGAACUUUAGCAAACAGGCUUCCGAGAUCUUGAACGAGUAUUUCUACUCGCACCUAAGCAACCCCUAUCCAAGUGAAGAGGCGAAGGAAGAGUUGGCGCGCAAGUGUGGAAUUACCGUUUCUCAGGUUUCCAACUGGUUUGGUAAUAAACGAAUUCGUUACAAGAAAAAUAUCGGAAAAGCCCAGGAAGAGGCCAACUUGUAUGCUGCUAAGAAAGCCGCUGGUAGUUCCUCACCAUAUAGCAUGGCUGGAACACCCGGACCGAUGAUGUCACCCCAACCUGGUGGUCCUGAAUUACGAGGUCCCCAGGAUUCCUUGGGCCCUUAUGGGGCUAUGGGACUCAACGGAGGUGAUUUUCCUUCCUCGAUGGGUGGCCAGGGUUAUGGUGACUCAUCCAUGGGUUACGAUCCAAGUAUGCAUCAAGUGAAUUCACCCUGAGGAACAACCUUUUUCUCGUAAACAAUCAUUUUUUAAUUCACUAAUUUGAUAAGAUCUUGACAUACUGUGCGUUAGCUAUCUUCGGCUGUUCGAUUAACUCGUUUAACCCAUCUCGUACUCUUCUUUUGUUCCCUUCCUCUCAUUGCAGCUUUGUUGUUUCGUCUUGAUAGAAAUGUUCUGUCACUGUGGAUCACCCUCGAUCGGUGCUUGUUUUUCUCUCAUUUGUUUCAGAAACCUGUAGCUUUAAUCGCUUUCCGUCGUUUGUAAUCUUUAUCGUUUGUUAAGCAACACCAAGAAGUUAACUGAACGUCCUUGAUAUAUCAUCAACACGCUUUCCAGAUGCCCCCCCAAAAACGAUUAUCAGUAUUCUCCAAAAUUCACAUCCAUGAACGACGUCUACGGCUUUUAAGCAAAAGAAUUUCGAGAUAAAUUAGCAUUUUUUUUUUUAAUUUCUUUCGAUUUGGUGGCGGAAUCAAAUGCAAUUUUUGGUAUUAGAUUUUUUUUCUGCAGCUCCUACUGUCUCCUACAAAAAAAGACUGGCGCUUUGAAGUGAAAGCUCAAAAUAUUUCUUUCUCGUUGGUUUUCUGCGUUUUAUAUUAUUUUCCACUAAUCCGUGUCCCCUUUUAAACACUAUAUUCAUCUGUUCACCGCGCAAAUCCUUGCCAUGAAAUUAUGUAAAACCAAUACAUCCAUUUCUAGGUGUCAA